AUGGUAAACGCGGAAGAUAUCCAAAUAAUAAACGAAGUAAUUGCAGUUCUGCAACCAAUAGAAGCAGUAUCUACAGAGAUAUGUGGGGAUCAUUACAUUACUAUCAGCAUGGUGAUCCCGAUGGUUAAUUGUUUGGAAAAAAAACUUUUAAGUCUACAACCUGAAACAGAUACGGGAAAAGAAUUUAAGAGGAUCACAGUUACUGAAAUAUCUAAAAGAUUUGGCGAUGUGGAAGCAAAUGCACUGUUAGGGAUUUCAACUCUGUUAGAUCCCAGAUUUAAGAGACUGCAUUUCCAAAAACCAUUAUUAUUGGCUCAAUGGAUAAAUCGCAUUAAACAUUUAUUGGCAGAAAAUACUUUUACGAAGUCCGAGCACUCAGAACCUGAACCUGUUAGUCCUAUUACAACAAAAAAUACUUCUGAAAAUGUUAAAGAUAUAGAUAAUAUCUGGACUUUGCAUGAUCAGCUAGUCCAACAAAAUAUACAGCAAGGGGAAGGGGCCGAAAGUAGCUUCGUCAAUGAACUGCAACAAUAUUUAAAACAGCCGAUUAUUCCAAGAACAUCAGAUCCGUUAGAGUUUUGGAAAACUCAUAAAUGUAUCUACCCAAAAUUGACGGCAACCGCCUUAGAACAUUUUUCAAUAGUAGCGACGUCAGUGCCGUCAGAGCGCCUCUUUUCUAGGGCUGGAAAUAUUUUAGAUCCAUCUCGUAAUAAACUGUCAAGCAAGCGAUUUUCCCAUAUUCUUUUUUUAAACUCCCUAGAUAUUAGUCAUUGGAAUUUAUAA